CUCCGCUGUGAUCCAGCCGACAGGCUGUAGAACCAGUUCCUUUGUUUCCUCACUGCUGCUCUCUGAGCCUGUUAGGUGUACUGUAACCUGCUGCAGAGUGUCCUUUUAUGAGCCCACUCUUAUACCUGCACAGUGACUGUUGGCAGUACUUGCAUUAACCCUCAAAGAGUCUGACCCCACCAUUCUGUACACCAGGAAGUUGCACUUUGCUCUUAGUGCCAGGGGAGGAGGAGCUGGGGCUUUCCUUUUCCCUCCUCCUUUAACUUGGGAGUUACUUGUACCUCAUGCAGAGUAAAGGUGGAGGGCUCAGGAAGCACUUUACCGCAUGGACUAAAAUCACACACACCAGCACAUACGGCGGUAGUCUCACAAGGUGACUGUUGCAGCUUCACCUUCACCUGUGAUUAUGAUUCGAAUGAGGCGAGCAAUCAGCUUCCAGGGUCGGUGUCUCUGACAGAUGACUGUCAUCAUGACCUCUUCAUCACACAGUACAGACUAGGACUACCUUCAUCGUCUCUCUUUGACAUUUGGAAACUUCAUCGAAAGUUUGAAUUCCACGUCAAUAUCUACUUUUAUUUGGAGGGACCUCUGUCCACUGCCUCAGACCUCCGACUUCUCCAACCUUGGAAAAUUUAUCGUUAUCGUACCAGUGAAUCAGGAACCGACCAUCUUCAUCUCAGUCCUGACCUCCAACCUGUGAUAUCUGACCAUCAUGGAGUCAGUGGCAGCUAGAAUGGCCAUGGUGACGGACUCUCCAAACCCCUCACUGAGGUCGAGGACCACCGUGACCUCAGACAGAGACUCUUUCAUCAGCAUCGUCAGCCUCGCUUGCAGCCACUUCCUGUCGGCCAAUGUCAUCAAUGUUGUGGAGAAAUGUAUGAGCUCCAUGCAGAUGGGAACCCAGAUGGUGAAACUGCGAGGUGGCUCCAAGGGGCUGGUGCGGUUCUUCUAUCUGGAUGAGCACAAGUCCUGCAUCCGCUGGAGACCUUCACGCAAGAAUGAAAAGGCUAAGAUUUCCAUCGACUCCAUCCGUGAGGUUUGUGAGGGGAAACAGUCAGAGAUCUUCCAGCGAUAUGCAGAGGGGAGCUUCGACCCCAACUGUUGCUUCAGCCUCUACUAUGGAGAACAUGUGGAGUCUCUGGACCUGGUCUCUGGCACUGGAGAGGAGGCACGGACCUGGAUCACAGGCCUCAAGUAUUUGAUGGCAGGAAUCAGUGAUGAGGACAGCCUGGCCAAGAGACAGCGCACACGUGACCAAUGGCUGAAGCAGACCUUCGCAGAGGCUGAUAAGAACGGUGACGGCAGCCUGAGCAUCAGUGAGGUCCUGCAGCUCCUGCACAAACUCAACGUCAACCUGCCACGACAGAAAGUCAAACAGAUGUUUAAGGAGGCCGACACAGACGACAACCAGGGGACCCUGGGCUUCGAGGAGUUCUGUUACUUCUACAAGAUGAUGUCCACCCGCAGGGACCUGUACCUCCUUAUGCUUACCUACAGCAACCACAAGGACCACCUGAACUCUGACGACUUGGCUCGGUUCCUGGAGACUGAACAGAAGAUGACCAAGGUGACAAAGGAGCACUGUCUGGAGAUUAUCAACAAGUUUGAGCCGUGCAGUGAAAACCAAAAGGAAGGAGUUCUGGGAAUCGACGGUUUCACAAACUACAUGCGGAGCCCGGCCGGAGACAUCUUCAACCCUGACCACUACGACAUCAACCAGGACAUGAACCAGCCGCUUUGUAACUACUUCAUCGCCUCCUCACACAACACCUACCUGAUGGGUGACCAGCUGAUGUCCCAGUCCAGGGUGGACAUGUACGCCUGGGUGCUGCAGGCCGGCUGUCGCUGUGUGGAAGUGGACUGUUGGGAUGGUCAGGACAAUGAGCCCAUCGUCCAUCAUGGCUAUACGCUGACCUCCAAGAUCCUCUUCAAAGACGUUAUUGAGACCAUCAACAAAUACGCCUUCGUCAAGAACGACUACCCAGUCAUCCUGUCCAUCGAGAACCACUGCAGCGUCCCUCAGCAGAAGAAGAUGGCCCAGUAUCUUGUCGAGAUCCUGGGCGACAAACUGGACCUGUCCAGUGUCAAAGCUGAUGAGUCUGGAUGGCUGCCGUCUCCGGAAGCACUCAAGGGCAAAAUCCUUGUCAAGGGGAAGAAACUGCCUCCCAACAUUGAUGAGGACGCAGAGGAAGGAGACGUGUCGGACGAGGACAGCGCAGAUGAGAUGGAGGAAGACUGCAAGCUAAUGAACGGAGAUUGGAAGACUUCUGCCAACAGAAAGCAGGUGGAGAACAUGGCCAAGAAGAAGCUGGACAGCCUGAUGAAGGAGUCCAAGAUCCGAGACAGAGAAGACCCCGACAACUUCACCAUCACCGCUCUCCCACCCAGCGGCAAGUCCACGGACAAAACCAGAAAACAGAAGGGUAAAACUGAAGAUGGCGCUGACACAGCAGACGAGGCCAAUCCCAGCAACAAACACACAAGUCGCUCCUUCAUUAACAGCUUCUCCAAACGCAAGAAAAAGACAACCAAACUGAAGAAAACUUCAAGCUUCGAGGACACAGACACGGACCCGGAGAGCACCAGCAGUGCUUCAAGAGCUCCGUCACACCACAGCAAAAAGAAGAAGACCAUGAAGUUGUCCAGAGCUCUCUCUGAUCUGGUCAAAUACACUCGCUCUGUUGGUUUCUACGACAUCGAGGCUCAAGCCAACUGCAGCUGGCAGGUGUCCUCACUCAGUGAGACCAAAGCCCAUCAGCUGAUGCAGCAGAAAGCCAUGUCCUUCAUCAAAUUCAACCAGCGGCAGCUCUCGCGCAUCUACCCUUCAUCUUACCGUGUUGACUCCUCCAACUUCAACCCUCAGCCCUUCUGGAACGCUGGCUGUCAGCUGGUUGCACUCAACUACCAGUCUGAUGGUCGAGUCCUGCAGCUCAACAGAGCCAAGUUCUACAGCAAUGGCAACUGUGGCUACAUCAUAAAGCCUGCCUGCAUGUGUGAAGGUAUCUUUAACCCCAACUUGGAGGAUCCACUGCCAAAUCAGAUGAGGAAACAGUUGGUGUUGAAGAUCAUCAGUGGACAACAGCUGCCCAAACCCAAGGAUUCUAUGUUAGGAGACAGAGGAGAGAUCAUUGAUCCAUUUGUAGAGGUGGAGAUCAUUGGCCUCCCAGUGGACUGCUGCAAGGAGCAGACCAGAGUGGUGGACGAUAACGGUUUCAACCCCAUGUGGGAGGAGACUCUGGUGUUUACAGUACACAUGCCUGAGCUGGCUCUGAUACGGUUCCUCGUGUGGGAUCAUGACCCCAUCGGCCAGGACUUUAUCGGUCAGCGGACCAUUGCUUUUAACAGCAUGAUGCCAGGUUAUCGCCACGUGUACUUGGAAGGUAUGGAGGAGGCCUCAAUCUUUGUUCAUGUAGCUGUGCAUGACAUCACUGGUAAGGCCAGAGCAGCCAGCGGCAUAAAAGGGCUGUUUCACAGAAACCCAAAGCAGGCUUCCCUGGACAGCCAUGCUGCUGCACAGCAAGGCCGUAAGCAUCCGUUCGGUGCCCACCUUCUGCGCCGCACUGCCAGUGCGCCCACCAAGGGUCAGCCCAAAGUCAAGAAGGGCUUCCCAGAAAUCACCAUUGACACCAAAGAAUACAGUUCAGAAGGCGCAAGUGAGGAGCGAGAGUCGGAUGACCGGGACAAGGCCUCAGCCGCCGCCUCUCACCAGCCAACCCCACCACAGCACCACGCUGGGGAUUCACUAGCUUCCCAUCCAGACAAGGGGCCCAGGGAUCAUCCUGACACCAAUGGGGCUUUUCAUCCUGAGGAGGCUAAAGUCUGUUCAUCAGUGCAAAGACCCCUACCUCCACCUCCACCAUCUUUUGUGCUGAAAUCUGAAGACCCCAAGAACACAGAUUUCAUCAGGUCUGUCUCCCCUCCAAAAGGAAGCCCUUUUUCACACCAUGCUUCGACCACACCACUGCCUUUGCCAUCCACAGCAAUAACCACAGAUUCCCCAGUACCUGCUCCUCCAACUGGAGCAGUGGACAGCCCUGUCAAGAUGAAUAUGGAAUCUUCAAAACCUGGAACUUUCUGCAGAACGCCGCCAGUCCAAAUUGAGCAGAAUAGUCGAGACACACCCAACAAAAGAAAUACUCUUCCUUUCACGGAGAACACACAAACGCAGAUAGAAAAUCAAGAAACUCUGCCAGAGAAGAAAAUUGAAGCGUCCUCUACCCUCACUGCAUGUUCUUCAGUCCAGGCCAGGAGAGCACUUUUUACAAAUCCGACAUCACGCACACCAGUCAGGAGAACAAAAAGCGAAGGUCAUGUCAGAGUAGCCGUGACCCCUCCUGACCAUAGACAGUCAGCCAUACCAGAGGUCUGCACAGACGCUACCAUGAACGACCGCCUUUGGAGAAAGCUAGAACCAAGUAGCCACAGAGACAGCAUGUCCUCAUCUUCUAGCAUCUCCUCCAGCGACACCGUCAUUGACCUGUCCCUGCCAAACCUCGCCAGGAAGAGUCUCACCAGUUUGCCCGCAGCGAACAGCUCUCCCUGGGUCAACUGCCGUCACUCGGGGCUGCUCUCCUACGAUACCCUGCUGGUUGGCAAGAGUAAAUCAAAUCCAAAUCUUCAGCAAAGUCAGAACCAAGACGAUGAGCUCAAACCACGACCACUGCAGCCGUCCCAGGAGGCUUCUUUUGACUCGCCCAACAGGCUGACUCAAAGAAGACACACCUGGAGCAGGCUCUACAUGGAAGGACUGAAGCAGUCGUCAGGAUCCAAGCCUCUCUCUGCCGCUACGACCCCAACAGCUACGUCCUCCAUGUCCAAAAGUCUGGGGGAUCUGACUUCUGAUGACAUUUCCUGUAACUUUGACAGCAAAUACCGCAGCAUCAGCCGCAGCUUCAUCGUCAGGCCAAACAGAGAGCAGCUCCGCAGGGCCAGCCCUCAUAAGUCUCGGCCAACCAGUGACCUGACGGAGCAACUGCGAAAGCUAACCGAUGUGGAGCCCCUGACUCCUAACGACUUCUCCCCAGUAAACAGGCCAAAAGAUUCCCAGGAGGAGGAGGUGGACGAGACCAUGGUGCGAAGGACCUCCUCCAGGAGCCAGAGCAGAGUGCGGUACAUUGCGAACAGGGCCAAGAAGGCCCAGGAGAGGCUGAGGCUCCAGGGCCUGACCCAGGGCAGGAGUGCAAGCUUCAGCCUUUCUAGUAGCGUUGGCAGCAGUAGCAGUGCUAGUCCCAUUGAGGAGCGGGGGAACCCAGAGGGGGCAUGUUGCGUGGCCCGCAGUCCCUGCAGCAGCCUAGACCAGCUGAGUCAGCUCGCCCCACUGGGAUCCCCCUCUCCCAGACUGUCUCAGUCUCCCCCAGACCCUGAAAACAGUGAAGUCUUUUUUAUGCUUAAACUCUAAGAACUGGCUGAGUUGGAACUGAGUGUGAGAGACACAGCGAGAACCUUUUUGGGGUACUGUCUAAUUUUUGUCUUUUUUUUUUAUUUUACAUACUUUUCAGAAUGUCUCAUGAACAUAGAUCAUUCAAAACCUUUGCACCAUCAGUAAACCUUCAGUCCUUCAUCUGGAGUUUGUGCAAAUUCCAUUUUUAUAUUGUACAUUGUCUUGAACAAAAAAAAGGAGUUGCUUGAGCAGCUGCAGCUACAACAUCUCUUUGCACCAAAUAUUAAAUAACUGUCUGAAUGUAUUUAGACAUUUUUGUAAUGGCUGUCCAUGCUGACUGUGAUCCAAACGCAAGUUUAGUUUUUUUAUAUUUAACUUAACGUGAACAUAAAGACCCAGUAGAGAGCAUUUAGAAGACUAUUUUAAAAUAUAUAAUAGAUAUAUUAUUUUUGUCUAGUCUAAUUGUGACUAUGUACUUUAGGUUCAAAAGAUAUUUACUAUCAGCCCAUUUAUCCACUGGGAAUAUUUUAAAAAUGAUGGCAUGGUGUCAUGUUUUAACAAAAAUGUACAGUUUGAUUUAUCUUACAUCUUUUAAAAAUGGGAAAGUAUGUUUGUUUUUUUUCCUACAAUGCAGGAGAACAAUAGUUUUUUUUUUCUCAUCCCUUCUGCAGUGGGUUUGUUGUAAUUCGACUGAGCUGCCAAUAUAUUCCUUAUCAUUUUUGACCUGUGGCAUGUCACAACACUGUACUCUAAAGAAGAUGCUGACUUAAACCCCUCCUUAAGUUGACUGCAUGUAUUUUCUGCACUGCAAUAUUUAUCUCAAGGCUGUGCUUUAUUUGACGACAGUUUUUAAAGAAGAUUUGUUAAUAUUCUAAACGUUUUUCACGAGCGUCUCGUCCAAAUGUUCUCAUCCUUCAGUAGCACUAAAGCACCACAGCAUUGAUCUGUAUCCAAGCACGUUUACUCGUUGACCUGCUGUAUCGUUUGCACUGCCAUGCCAGUUCUUUGUGCGAAAAACCCUAGGGAUAAUAUUUAAUUCACACAGUGUAUAAUUAUGAUCUUAAUAAAUCUCAAAUAUAUGAAUAUACUU